AUGGCCACCAAUCAACAACUGACUACUAUCAAAUGUCUGAUUCUUGAUCAUUUCUUCACUUUCAAUGAACUUUCAACUAUUAUAUCUUAUACACCUGAUCUUCGUCGUCUUCAUUUUUCUCAUACACAUGAGAGAGAUACAACCAUCGAAAGUAUGUCGUCAAUUGCAUUAACAAAUUUGACAUAUCUUUCUCUACGAAUAUUUUCUCUAAAUUUUCAUGAUUUUGAAAUAUUCAUUGGGAAAAUACAUUCAAAAUUAAUAACUUUAUCUGUUAAUAUUUCAUCUAAUGACAUCACCUAUCUCGAUGCUUAUCGAUGGGAACGACUAAUUUUACAACAUUUAUCUCAAUUAGAAAGAUUUUCUUUUCAAUACUUGGAUCAUGUUGAUAACGAGCAUCAUCGAUAUUUUGAAGGAUUAAAUCAAUUUUGUUCCCCGUUUUGGAUCAAACGACAAUGGAUAUUUGAUGUUAAAAUCGUCGAUGAAGGAAUCGUUUAUGUCAUCCAUCCAUAUAAGUAA